GUUUAUUUUCCCUUUUGAACCUUCUCGGCACCUGUAGUUGAGUUGGCAGCUCUAUCUUGUUUGUUUUGGUGGUCAAGUUGGAAGUCUACUUCGAGCUGUGACAUCAUGUCUGACAAAAGUGAGCUGAAAGCAGAACUAGAAAGGAAGAAGCUGCGUUUGGCACAAAUCCGGGAGGAGAAAAGAAGGAAGGAGGAGGAGCGAAAGAAGGCGGACCAACAGCAGAAAGAAGCUUCACAACAGCAGGAUGACUCCGACCUGGAGAAAAAAAGACGAGAAGCUGACGCUCUUCUGGAAAGCAUGGGGAUAACACCAGAUGCUGCACUUGCCCCUCCUCUCACGACUCCUGCUCCCAAAUCAGCGGAAACUCCUAGUGAAACCGGCAGCCAGGACUCUGAUGGAGCCGUGGGACCCAGGACUCUGCACUGGGACUCUGACCCGUCCACUCUUCAACUUCACUCUGAUUCUGAGCUGGGGUACUGGACACUCUCUUCUCUCCUUUCCUGGCGUGUGACUCCAAAACUGGGAAUGGCCAAAGUCACGCAGGUGGACUUCCCACCACGUGAGACAGUGUCCUACACCAAGGAGACUCAGACACCAGCCCCCAUCCAGGCUAAAGAAGAAGAAGAAGAGGAGGAAGAAAUUGCUCCAGCUCAACCAGUAGUCGAGGAUCAAACUGAGAAACUGGUCCAGAAAGAAGAAGAAGAAGAAGAAGCCCCGCCGUACGAGCUGACCGAGGAGGAAAAACUCCAGGUCCUCCACUCCGAGGAGUUUGCUAAAUUUUUCGACCAGAGCACUCGCAUCAUCGAGCGAGCGCUCUACGAGCACGUGGACAUCUUCUUUGACUACAGCGGUCGUGACCUGGAGGACAAGGAAGGGGAAAUUCAGGCGGGAGCGAAGCUUUCACUGAACAGGCAGUUCAUGGACGAGCGCUGGUCCAAGCAUCGGGUCGUCACCUGUCUGGACUGGUCUCUGCAGUAUCCUGAGCUCCUGGUCGCCUCCUACAACAACAACGAGGAGACUCCACAUGAACCAGACGGCGUGGCUUUAGUCUGGAACAUGAAGUACAAGAAAGCCACGCCAGAAUACGUCUUCCACUGUCAGUCGGCCGUGAUGUCUGCGGCGUUUGCAAAGUUUCACCCGAACGUCGUGGUUGGAGGGACGUACUCUGGGCAGAUCGUUCUGUGGGACAACAGGAGCAAUAAGAGGACCCCCGUGCAGAGGACCCCGCUCUCGGCGGCAGCGCACACGCACCCGGUGUAUUGUGUGAACGUAGUCGGCACGCAGAACGCCCACAACCUGAUUAGCAUCUCAACCGACGGCAAGAUCUGCUCCUGGAGUCUGGAUAUGCUCUCCCAGCCGCAGGACAGCAUGGAGCUCGUCUUCAAGCAGUCCAAAGCUGUCGCCGUCACCUCCAUGUCCUUCCCUCUCGGAGACGUCAACAACUUUGUAGUGGGCAGCGAGGACGGCUCCGUCUACAUGUCGUGUCGUCAUGGAAGCAAAGCGGGGAUCAGCGAGAUGUUCGAGGGCCACCACGGCCCCGUCACCGGGAUCCACUGCCACACAGCUGCAGGGCCGCUGGACUUCUCCCACCUGUUUGUCACCUCAUCCUUCGACUGGACCGUCAAACUGUGGAGCACCAAGAAUAACAAGCCGCUCUACUCGUUUGAAGACAACUCCGACUACGUGUAUGACGUCAUGUGGUCUCCCACUCACCCGGCUCUGUUUGCAUGCGUGGACGGCGUCGGCCACCUGGACCUGUGGAACCUGAACAACGACACCGAGGUCCCCACUGCUAGCGUUGUGGUGGAGGGGAGCCCGGCCCUCAACAGGGUCAGAUGGGCUCAUACCGGGAGAGAGAUCGCAGUGGGAGACGCCGAUGGAUGCAUUCUUGUUUAUGAGGUUGGAGAGCAAAUUGCGGUUCCGCGAAACGACGAGUGGACGCGCUUCGUCUGCACGCUGGCAGAGAUCAACGAGAACAGAGACGACGCGGAGGAGCUGGCCGCUCAGAAUCUGGCUGCGUGAGCUCGUCGCUGCGGCGUUUAAGGGACCAGCUGGGCGCUCGUUACUGUCGGCCCUGUUUUCUGACCACAUGACUGUAGGAUGAAAGUGUAAACAUUUUCUGAUUUCCAUUACCGGUCUUCCUCAAAUAGAGAUCCAAGCAGCAGGGUUAUCAAACAGCGACACUAACACAAAGCCAUUUAUUUAAAAAAAAUAAAUAAUAAAUGGUCGUCUUCUCUUCAACCAGAUGCCUUAAUGUUUAUCUGUAAAAUCUUUACCUGUCAGUAUGUUGGUGCAUGUCAAGAGCCUUAACUUUUGUGUUUUGUUUUUUUUUUUCAAGCCAAAUAGAUGCACCGCUGCACAAACUCAGAAAUGUCAGUCAUGCUAUUAAAGUUAUGAACCCAGUG